GGGUGGGCCCUCUACGCGGGGAGCAGCUACUGGGUCAGAACCACCGGCUUUAACGCUGCGCUGGAAAACCUCGAACUCUUCGCUUCCGACCCGUCGUGGCGGUCGAAUCGGCCCAUUGGGGCGCUGAUGGAGUAACGGAAGCGGGUGGCCUCGUCUUCCCCUGUUGGGGCAAACGGAGGAGAUCCGGCCUCCAGAUGGCAGAUAACAGCUCUUCAGAUGGGGCCCCUUCAGAGUCCACGGACGCCGCUAAACAUGCAGAAAAGCUCACGGACCAGGUGAUGCAGAACCCGCGCGUGCUGGCAGCCCUGCAGGAACGACUCGAAAGUGUCUCUCACACCCCGUCAAGUUACAUCGAGACCUUACCUAAAGCAGUAAAAAGAAGAAUUAAUGCCCUGAAGCAGCUUCAGGUGAAGUGUGCGCAUAUAGAAGCCAAGUUCUAUGAGGAAGUUCACGACUUGGAACGAAAGUAUGCUGCUUUAUACCAGCCCCUCUUCGACAAGAGAAGAGACUUCGUCAGUGGUGACGUGGAGCCGACCGAUGCUGAGUCGGAGUGGCCCAGCGAGAGCGAGGAGGAGGACAAGCUGGCUGGAGACAUGAAAAACAAAGUCAUCGUAGCAGAAAAAGAAGCUACAGCAGCCAUCCCCCCCUCCACCGAGGAGCCAGACCCCAAGGGCAUCCCAGAGUUCUGGUUCACCAUCUUCAGAAACGUGGACAUGCUGAGUGAGCUUGUGCAGGAGUACGACGAGCCGAUCCUGAAGCACCUGCAGGACAUCAAAGUGCGCUUCUCUGACCCCGGGCAGCCCAUGUCUUUCGUGCUGGAGUUCCACUUUGAGCCCAACGACUACUUCAGCGACCCCGUGCUGACAAAGACCUACAGGAUGAAGGCGGAGCCCGACGCAGCCGACCCCUUCUCCUUUGAGGGCCCUGAGAUCGUUGACUGUGACGGGUGCACCAUCGACUGGAAGAAGGGGAAGAACGUCACCGUGAAGACCGUCAGGAAGAAGCAGAAGCACAAGGGGCGGGGCACCGUCCGCACCGUCACCAAGCAGGUGCCCAGUGACUCCUUCUUCAACUUCUUCAGCCCCCUCAAAGCGUCUGGGGACGGAGAAUCACUGGAUGAAGACUCGGAGUUCACGCUGGCCUCGGACUUUGAGAUUGGCCACUUCUUCCGCGAGCGGAUCGUCCCACGGGCGGUGCUCUACUUCACCGGGGAGGCCAUCGAGGAUGACGACACCUUUGAAGAAGGCGAGGAGGGAGAAGAGGAGGAGUUGGAAGGUGACGAGGAGGGAGACGAGGAGGAGGAUACAGAGGUGAACCCCAAGGUGUAAUACUUGUUAAUGGUGCGUGCGUUUCUAGAAGGACCCCAGCCAGCCGGCCGAGUGCAAGCAGCAAUGAGGCAGACAUGAAUGGCCACUUGGACUCAGCCAGCACCGGACAGCUGCCCACCCGCCCCGCAGCCCCUGCAUGGUUCUCGCCCCCCCUCCCCCUUUCUUUACUAUUUGGCUUCACUUGUACAGGGGCAGCGUGGCGGUCAUGGGUGAGGGUGGGUGCGGAGCCCCCUGCCCCAUCUGGAGGCAGGUCCCCCUCCCUCCACAGGGCACUUUUCUUUGGUUUUGUUUUCUGGGCCGGUGGGAGGGGCGCACGCCUACCCCAGGUUAGCUUUAGCAGUUGGUUUCCUCUAUUUAUUCGGCCCUGUUGGGAAGGCCUUCCGUGUCGGCUGGGGUCCUCCUCCCUCCCAGGGAACGGCACACUGCGUCAGGGAAGCCCACUUGCCCACCCAGCCCCGACCCAGCAGCUAGCAGCUAUGGGGCUCUGGCUGUGAAAGGUGAGGCCGGGCCAGGGGGUGGGUGCUACGCUCAUACCCUGGCUCAGGCCAAGUGUACAGCUGGGGCGCAGUGGGGUGGGGGGGCUCUGCUCGGCCUUCCUCUGGCCUCUUUGCACCCAGCUCGGUGGCUCACUCUGUACAGCACACUUAGAUAUUCUAUUAAAGCUGUGAAACAGG